UGAAGUUCAAAAGUAGAGUCCUUAUGAGGCCCAUUUUUCUGCAUCUCGACCUUGAAUAACUGUGCAAAAAACCGUGGAUGAUUGUAUUUUGCAUUAUAAUGCUUCCUGAUGUUUUAGACAUGUAAGCAAAGCUUCUUUUUAUCUAAUCGGAUAGUCGAACAUGUGUAUUCUGCCCUACAAGCGCUUGUACAACUAACCAUGUCUAGAAGAUCAGUCCAUAUAUCCCAGACUUUUACUUACUAUGUUGUCUCUGGAUCUCUUUCUGGAACGGCCACUAUCCCUACAGAUUAUUGUUAUUCUGAUGAAAUCCAUUGAAUUGGCUUUACCCAUCCCUAGAAGUUCUAGGAUAACCCAAGAAACUUCGCCAUGUUGGCCUUUUAAGAGACCAGUGUGAAUGCUCAAGGGAGCAGGUACUGAAGUAGUAGUCAACGGUGCAUAUUGGCCAACCCAUUUUACGUGUGCCCCACUUCAUAUUCCUGACCCCAUUCGUUUGGGUUCUUAAGCUAUUUAGGCCUUUUUUGUUUGUUUUUUGGUAUCUAAUACCUUCAGCUUUGUGCAAGGGGUAGACUCCUCGUCAGGAGAAGGAAUCAAUACAGUACAGAGCUAGAUCAUGGAUUUUAGCUCUUUAGAGUUGAAGGUAAUCUCGGCUAGAGAUCUCAAGGGCUUCAAUUUCUUCCAGAAGCUAUCAGUCUACGCUGUCGUCCGCCUUGUGAAUGAUGAACCGAAGAAAAAGCAAGAGCAACGACAACUGCAGCGUCAAAAAACGCCAGUGGACAGAAUUGGAGACAGGAACCCUGAGUGGAAUCACGAGAUGCACUUUGAUCUUAAAGACUUGUUGCUUCCUGAUGACCGCGAUCAUCUUUUUCUGAGAUUUGAUCUUCGCAGCGAAGGUAUCGUUUUCGGUAACAACACCAUUGGUGAAGUCCACGUUCCAGUAUUCAAGGACUUGAUUGAUGAUGAGCUUAAUAACGGAGCUAUGAGAUUUGUCAGUUACCAGGUUCGAAGCCGUGACGGUAAGCCUAAUGGGGUCUUGAAUUUCUCUUGCAAGGUGAAGAACGGGAAAACCAAGAAGGGGGUGGUCGAAACUCCUGAGACUCUAAAAGUGGGCUCUUCACGUGGAAUCGAGUUUUCUAAUGAGAAAGUUGUUUAUCCAAGCCUGGAAGUUGAAAAUCGGCGGCGGGAUAUGUGCUAUCCUUCACUGGAUGAUGUGGUCUCGCCUUCACCCAGAAUUAGCAUCCCUUCUCCAAAGAGUUACCAUUGGAUACCAGUACCAGGAUCCGACUGUACGACCCCACCAUCCCUGCUGCCAUACUUGCCUCCUACCGGGGUGUCUUAUCAUCCACAUCAUGCAGCUGUGCCGUCGAUACAAAUUCCGGGGAUAUAUUGGUACAAGCAGGAGUCGAUGGGUUAUGGCUACUCACUUACACCUAGCUUGUGCGGGUACGCUGGAGGGGGUCAACUGGGGACGGUUGAAGGUGAUGCAUCCAAUGUCCCAAGAUGGUAAUAGUGGGUGGAACUGGAGGAGAUGUCUUCCGGCCGACUAGCCGAGCUUGGCAGUUGAGACUACGACCUUGUAGACUUGUACUUGUAUAAUAGGGAAGUAUGAUGAUGAUAUAUAGAUGCCCUGUUUUUAUUUUGAUGAUAUGAUCCAUGUAUCCCUCCGAUCCUGUCUCUAAUGAUACAACUGUCAUACUAGCCAGCCUCCUAUGAAUCUAGUUUCCUUUUUUCGUGGGUA